AUGGCCAGACCAAAGUCUGACGUGAUGGAUCAGCGGAACGCGCCGCUCAGGAGUCAUCCGCCAGACAGGCCUCUGACUCAAGGUGUUACUGACAAGGAAGAUGACCGCGCCUCUAUUAUUCCGCCAUGUGGAAGCCUGUUUGAAAGCAUGCCACAGGGCCGUUCCCAGGAACAGAACCAGAAACAGGACCAAUCUGUCGGUCUUUUCAAGCGACGAGGCCAUUCUGAGCUGCCUCCCAUCCAGACCAGUAGCCUGGCAGGAGUUAUCCCAAACUCCUCGGCUGGCGGUCUGGAUCACUCGAACUCGGAUAUUAGCGCAGCCCAGUCUUUCCUGACCAAGCGUCUCAACAAAUCUCCUCUCCUCUCGAACAAAUUUUCCAUCCUGGGAGAGGAAGAGCAAGACGAUGGUCAAGUGCAGCACGAUGAUUCCCAAGAAUCCAAGGAUGAGGAGGAGUAUCACAAGUUCCGUGCCAGCCUGAACAAUAGCCUGGAGGAUGAUUCUCCCAUUGAACUGGAAGACCGUGAACGACGCGACAGCUUGGUAGCCGAACAGCAAGAUCAAAUUAAACUGUUCCGUUCCAGUUUGCUUGCUGGUGUCAAGGCCCAAAAUGAUCGACGCGGCCGUGUCAGACGGACUCCGCCCACCAUUGACGACGAUCCUCAAAUUGGUCCCAACGUGGCUUCCGAAUCGGAAUCGCACGCUUCCACUAUCGUCGAGAACAAAGACAGCGUCGUCCCUAUUCAAGACAGCGCCGUCCCUGUUCAGGACAAUGGCGAAUCUUCCUCUUCUCUCCCGGAGACAUUGAACCCCGACAACUCUUUCAAUGAAGAGAGCGAAGAAUAUCUGGAUCGCCUCAUUACUGAACUGGAGGUCGAAGAUGGAAACGAACCUGACGUGGACGAAAUCACUAUCCGUGCCGAGGAAACUCCCCAAUACCCUCCUACUCUGCUGGAGACUAAUGUCGACGAGGGCCUCAAGGAUGACGAGGUGGUCAUUCGGCGCAAGAAGUAUGGCUGGAAUCGCCUGAAGGAACAUAAACGGAACCACUUCAUGAAGUUUCUUUCCUUUCUGAUGGGCCCGGUCCAGUGGGUUAUGGAGAUUGCCGUGAUCAUAGCCGCCUUCUUGCAGGAUUGGAUAGAUUUCGCAAUCAUGAUUGCCCUGCUCAUAGUGAAUGCCGUGGUUGCAUUUGCCCAGGAAUACCAGGCGGACAACAUUGUCGACAGUCUCAAGAAAACUCUUGCCAUGAGAGCUCGCGUGGUUCGCAACGGCGACAUCGUGGACAUAGGUACUGAAGAGGUCGUGCUCGGUGAUAUCGUUCACGUGAAAGAUGGCACAAUCGUUGCGGCAGAUGGCAGACUGAUAUGCGAUGACGACGCCUGCAUUCAGGUUGAUCAGUCUGGGAUCACGGGAGAAUCGCUCGCCGUAGAUAAACACAACGGGGAUGCUAUCUUUGCCUCCUCGACAGUCAAACGUGGGGCUGCGUUCAUGGUUGCGACUGCGACUGGUGAUCAUACCUUUGUCGGAAAUGCAGCCAUCCUGGUGGGCAAGGCUGGCAAUACCAAAGGCCACUUCACUCAGGUCCUGGGCAAAAUUUCCAAUGUGCUUCUGAUUCUGGUCCUUUUCAAUCUCCUGGCUGUCUGGAUCAGCAGUUAUUUCCGCUCAAGUCCAGCUGUCCAGAUACUUGAGUUCUCGCUCGCAAUCACCGUCAUUGGAGUCCCCGUCGGUCUUCCCGUGGUUGUCACGACAACAAUGGCUGUUGGUGCGUCUUACCUCGCCAAACAUCAGGCCAUUGUGAAAAAUCUCGGAGCUAUUGAGUCGUUGGCUGGGGUGGAGAUUCUCUGUUCAGACAAAACGGGAACACUCACCCGUAACAGACUGACAUUGGGGGAUCCAUACAUAACCCCUGGAAUAAACGCAGAAGAGCUCAUGCUGACUGCGUGUCUUGCGGCUACUCGAAAGAAGGGCGGGCUCGAUCCUAUUGACAAAGUGUUCCUCAAAGGUCUUCGCCACUUCCCGUGGGUCAGAUCUCGGAUCGCCUCGUACAAGACACUUGAUUUCUCGCCGUUCGAUCCAGUGUCAAAGAAGGUAGUCGCCUAUGUGCAGGCUCUGGAUGGUGAGAAGGUCUAUUGUAUGAAGGGUGCUCCUAUGACCAUCCUGAGAACAGUGGAGAAGGAGACGACACUCUGCGAGCCGUUUAUCAAGGAAUACGAGGCAAAGGUCAAUGAGUUUGCUAGCCGAGGAUUCCGUGCGAUCGGUGUUGCUCGCAAGCAUCAGGGACGACCAUGGGAGAUUCUGGGAAUCGUGCCAUGCUUGGAUCCCCCACGCCAUGACACUGCUAAGACAGUUGCCGAGGCCCAAGGUCUGGGACUCUCUAUCAAGAUGCUCACGGGGGAUGCAGUGGCCAUUGCACGCGAAACGGCACGCAGACUCGGUCUGGGAACCAACAUCUACAACGCUGAACGCCUUGGUGUCACUGGCGCCGGCUCCAUGUCCGGUUCGGAAGUGAAUGACUUUGUUGAGGGCGCUGACGGCUUCGCAGAAGUCUUCCCCCAGCACAAGUACAAUGUGGUUGACAUACUCCAGCAACGCGGCUAUCUGGUGGCAAUGACCGGUGAUGGUGUGAAUGACGCACCUUCCUUGAAGAAGGCGGACACGGGAAUCGCGGUGGAGGGCGCAUCCGAUGCGGCCCGUUCUGCUUCUGACAUUGUCUUCUUGGAACCUGGUUUGUCUGCAAUGAUUGAGGCGAUCAAGAUCGCUCGCCGGAUUUUCCACCGCAUGUACUCAUACGUGGCGUUCCGGAUCGCCCUGUCCCUUCACCUGGAGCUCUUCCUCGGCCUCUGGAUGGUGAUCAAGAAUGAGACUCUCGACCUACGCCUGGUUGUUCUUCUCGCUAUCUUUGCCGACAUUGCGACCUUGGCCAUUGCAUAUGACAAGGCGACUUACUCUCAGUCCCCUGUCAAAUGGAAUACGCCCAGACUCUGGGGGGAAUCAACCAUUCUAGGGUUCAUUCUUGCAGGCGGUACCUGGCUGACGUUGGGCACCAUGCUGCUGCAAGGCGAGGACGGAGGUGUGAUCGAAGGCGGGGGUUCACGAGACGAGGUCCUGUUCCUGGAGAUUGCUCUGACCCAGAGCUGGUUGAUUCUGAUAACUCGCAUGGAUGGAUCUGAACCGAUAUUGCAACGGGCCAACUUCCCAUCUUGGGCCCUUUUCUUCGCCGUGCUUUCUGUCGAUCUUGCCGCAACAUUCAUGGCCAAAUUCGGUGUCUUCGGUCAAGCCACGUCCUGGGUAACCGUUGCCCGGGUAUGGGUUCUUUCCUUUGGGGUGGCAUUUAUGAACCUCCUGGCUUACCACGGGAUGCAUAACUCGGAAAGGUUCAACAACAUUAUGCAUGGUAAAGGCCCUCGGAAGGACAGAGAGCGCUCGCGGGAAGACUUCGGUCUGAAUAUGCAGCGAAUGGCCACACAGCAUGAGCGGAGUUAG